AUGGGUCCGAGACCCGGUCCACGAACAGUUGAUCCGAUGAUUGAUGGGGGCAACAAAUAUGAAGAAGAAAAGGGAACGAAGGCUAGUAAAAGGAACAAAAAAUUUAGAACCGAAGAAGAAGAAGAUGAAGAAGUUGUUGAGGGUUUCAUGGUGAAAGAUUUUCGCCUAGACACCAUAGCUAGUCCUUUGCCGGAAAUAGAGCCCACAAGAAUGAGGUUGUCCAACCAGGCUAAGGCCCAUGAUCAUUUAGGAAAGCCCAUUA